AUGCUCCUGGGGAUCCUCGUGGUGCUCUGCUUCAUCCCCUCUGCUGAUGUAACAGAAAACAAGAUUUUAGUGGCUCAGCACCCUUUGCUCAUUGUAGCUAACAGAAAUGCAACUCUAGACUGCAACUACACGUACAACGGGACAGGGAAGGAAUUCCGAGCCUCGCUGCACAAAGGGACAGACAGUGCAGUGGAAGUUUGCUUCAUCUCCUGGAACACCACCAAAACGAGUACGAGCUCAAACCAAGAGUUCAACUGCACGGGGGACCAUAAGAAAAACAAAGUUAUCUUCAAUCUUCAGAAUAUGAGUGCCAGCCAAACUGACAUCUACUUCUGCAAGAUCGAGGCCAUGUACCCACCCCCGUAUGUCUGCAAUGAGAAGAGCAAUGGGACUGUCAUUCAUGUGAAAGAGACACCCAUCCAAACACAGGAGCCUCAGUCUGCAAUUCCUUUGUGGAUUAUGGUGGCAAUGACUGGAGUUCUUGCUUUCUACAGUGUGCUAAUAACUGCAGUUUUUAUUAACUACUGGCAAAAAUCCAAAAGGAAUAUGUACCACCAGACUGACUACAUGAACAUGACCCCCCGGCACCCCCCCCACCAGAAGAACAAGGGUUACCCAUCCUAUGCACCCACCCGGGACUACACCGCGUACCGCUCCUGGCAGCCCUGA